AUGAUUCGUUGUCCGGACUGCGAUACGUCAUCAAAUCAAAAAGCUUCGUGUCGUAAACGAUUACAGUACCAUCCUAAUUCCUCGCUACCCAAUAAAAAACCGAAAUAUGCUGCAUCUGCCACCUCUUCCGACCGCUGGUGUGAAACGUGCAAAAUAUAUGUUCCUCAAUCUUCGUACAACGGUCACCUGCGCACCCUACAGCAUAAACAAAAUUGUUGUUCACCUCUCGAGGAGGGAAUCGGUUUCCUUUCCUCUGCUUUCGCUAGCAGGAUUGCUUCGUUUCGUAUUACGUCUGCGAAAUACCUUCUAUCGUAUAACGACUUCUUCACCGAUGUUCUCGACAAAUGCGUGCGUGUUAUACGUAAUCAGAUCCACCUCCACGACACGCUUAAAAUAAAUCUCGAAGUUUUUGGACGUUACGUGCACGAAACCAAACACUUGGUUGAAAUUAAAUCCUUCAACACCAACAACAAAGUUGUGACUCGAUCCAUCGAUCUUCCCAAUCUUCUACAAAACUUCUUUAAGAUACUUGAGGCUAAAGCGUCAGAGUUUCAAGAACGAGAGUCAGGAUGGAUUUUAGAAAGGGUUCUUUUCCUUGAAAUCAACUUUAACAAGUACAAUCCGCUGAGAGCGUCUUCCUACAUUCCGUUACCGAAACAAAUUUUAUUCAAGAAAGCGGUUGUGAAUGUGCGAAACGACGAUCACGCCUGCUUCGCAUGGGCAAUUACGUCAGCUCUGUAUCCCGCACAAGCGAACCCGCAAAGAACUACUUCCUAUCCACAUUACUCCCGCACUUUGGACUACGACGGUAUCCAAUUUCCUAUGAAAUUAACUGACAUACCGAAAUUUGAAUCGAAGAACCACUGCUCUGUGAAUGUCUACGGGACUGAAUCCGUUUUGAAAGAUGGAAAGUGGACAUGGGAAAUCGUUGGCCCCCUUUACUACUCACCCAUCAAGCGACGGCUACACUUCAAUCUGCUCUUGCUCGAUGAUGAUCUAGGAAAUAAUCAUUACUGUUGGAUAAAGGACAUGUCCCGUUUACUUUCUCAACAACUUUCUAAAACUGGACAUCGCAAAUUCUUAUGCGACGGUUGCCUACAAUACUUCUCCACUUUACCUCACCUACAUCGUCAUCAGCAGCAUGACUGUAAUCAUGUCUACACCAGCCUUCCCAACGGUGAUUUCAAGAUGGAUAAGAUGGGUAGGUUUGUCCCCAAUCACAUUUUAAAAUUUGAAAAUUAUCAGAAACGUAUCAAAGUACCAUUUGUUGUAUACGCAGACUUUGAAACCGUACUGCGACCAAUUCACACAUGUUUUCAUGACCCUAAUAAGACUGCCACCACAUCCACCCACAAACAUCAACCUCAUUCCUUUGCUUAUUUGAUGAAGUGCUCCUUCGAUGAUUCCCUCUCGAAAUUCAGAUCGUAUCGAGGCCCCGAUUGCGCCAAUCAAUUCGUUACAACUCUCGAUCGAGAUGUUUCUGAUAUUUAUCAUCGAUAUUUGAAGAUCGUUUCUCCCAUGAUACCCCUGACAGAUGAAGAAAUACGUCUCUUCUCUGACGCUACCUCUUGCAAUAUUUGCGAAGAACCCUUUCUGGACGAUGACGUCAAGGUGCAUGAUCAUUGUCAUUUGACCGGUAAAGUUCGAUUAGGAGCUGCUCACUCCAGAUGUAAUUUAAAUUACAAACUACCCAACUUUGUACCUGUUUUUUUCCACAACCUCUCCGGAUAUGAUUGCCACUUGUUUCUAAAGGAAAUGGCUGUGAACGAUGUUAAAUUUACCGUAAUAGCUCAAAAUAAAGAAAAAUACAUAUCCUUUUCCAAAUUAUUACGAGUUGAUACGGUUCAAACUGAAACAGACGACUCAACACAAAAUGUGUUCGUGAAGAUUAGAUUUCUCGAUUCCUAUCGUUUCAUGGCUUCCUCCCUCGACAAGCUGUCGGAUGAACUUGAUGCUCAUCAAUGUUUGCAAGUGAAAAAAUACUUUCCCGAUCCUAAUCACUUUCAACUUAUGCGACGAAAAGGUGUUUUCCCUUAUUCCUACGUUGAUGAUGUUGCUAAGCUUGAUGAAACAACAUUUCCACAGAAAGACGAUUUCUUCGAUAAAUUGACUUCCCUCCCCGUUUCCGAUGACGAUUACAAAAGAGCUAAAACUGUUUGGAAUACUUUUUCAUGUUCAACUCUAGGAGAAUACUCCGAUAUCUACUUGAAAACAGAUGUUCUUUUGCUAGCUGAUGUUUUCGAGAAUUUCCGACAAAUAUGUCUCACCACUUACGACUUAGAUCCUGCUCAGUAUUACACAGCGCCAGGGCUUGCGUGGGAUAGUAUGUUAAAAUUCACUCGCGUUAGUUUACAACUUCUGACUGAUAUCGAUAUGUUAAAAUUUUUUCAAAAAGGGGUACGUGGAGGAAUAAGUCAAUGCGUUCAAAGAAUGCACUUCGCUAACAACCCUCACAUUCCCGAUUACAACGCGUCCGCGCCUACCUCCUACAUUAUGUAUUUGGAUGCUACUAAUUUGUAUGGACAUAGUAUGAGUCAAGCACUUCCUAUUUCCCACUUCCGUUGGCUAACCCAAGCCGAAAUUGAUGAAUUGAAUGUUCUCUCUUUACAUGCUUCUUCUGAAUACGGUUACGUACUUGAAGUAGAUGUUGAAUAUCCCCAACACCUCCAUGAUUUACAUGCUGAUCUCCCCUUUUUAGUUGAAAACAUUAUCUCUCCUGCUAAUGUGAAUGGUAAAGUCAAAAAACUGAUACCGAACCUUAUGAAUAAGACAAAAUAUGUUCUUCAUUAUCUUACGCUUCAACAAGCCCUUCAUAAUGGACUACGAUUACUUAAAGUUCACAGAGUUAUCCAGUUUAAACAGUCCCACUGGCUUAAACCUUUCAUCGAUUUAAAUACCCGACAACGUAAUUUGUCUGAAAAUAAAUUUGGGAAAUCAUCCUUCAAAUUAAUGAACAAUAGUGUUUUCGGAAAAACAAUGGAGAACGUUGAUAAACGAGUUGAUGUAAAAUUAGUCACUCAUUGGCAAAAUUGUGGACGCUUUCUUG